AAUCUGUUUCAAGAAAAUGAAGCAAGUUCUUGUGGCGCUGAUUUGUCUCAGUAUUGUCACCUCUGUUAUAUUAGCAGGUCCAACUCCAAUACGGAAGAACUGCUGCCGGAAAUACUCAAAAUCAAUCCCUGCCAUCAAGAACGUUCAGGAAUAUCGCAUUCAGGAAAAUAAUGGUCGCUGCAGAAUUAAGGCUGUGGUAUUCACAGUAAAACGAAGGCAGGUCUGCUCAAACCCGGAUGAUAGUUUAGUGAAGGAACUUCUGAAAAAACUUUCCCAAAAUGAACAGAAUUGAUGAAGAUGUUGAUUCCCUGCGAAUGACAAGGACAUCAGAAUAUUUGACACAGGACGAAAGUUAUCAUAAAACGCUUUUUAAGUUCAUCUUUCAACAUUUUAUAUAUGUUUCGUUGUCAUCAGAAAGUUCAUAAAAGCAAGAAACUUUAAA